AUGGCCACAGGUAUAUUCAUCCUAUCUAAGGCGAAUGGACGCGUUUAUAACGAAUUGAACCUAGUUCGGAUCUCCGUCUGCGGCGACGAAGGCACAGGUAAGUCGAGCCUGAUUACCUCGCUGGUCAAGGGGGUCUUCGUCACAAAUAAGAUUCAGCCUGUGCUUCCUCAAAUUACCAUCCCUCCCACGCUCGGAACCCCUGAUAAUGUCACCACUACCACGGUUAUCGAUACCUCGGCCCUGCCACAGGAGCGAAACAACCUGGCGCGCGAAAUUCGAAAGUCGAACGUUAUAUUAUUAGUAUACUCCGACCACUACAGCUAUGAAAGAGUCGCGUUGUUCUGGUUGCCAUAUUUUCGAUCGCUGGGAGUCAAUGUACCUGUUGUCCUGUGUGCCAACAAAUCAGACCUUGCAGCGACUCAUACCGAAGCACAAGUUAUCGAGGAGGAAAUGCUGCCUUUGAUGUCAGAAUUCAAGGAGAUUGACUCUUGUAUUCGAACCAGUGCUCGGGAACAUCGAAAUGUCAACGAGGCUUUUUUCGUAUGCCAAAAAGCGGUUACACACCCCAUUGCACCACUUUUCGAUUCCAAGGAGGCAGCUCUAAAGCCAGCCGCUGUCUCGGCUUUGCAGCGCAUCUUUUAUCUCAGUGACCAAGAUCGAGAUGGAUAUUUAUCAGAUAAAGAGAUCACGGACUUUCAGACUCGAUGCUUUGGAAAGCCCUUAAGUGAAGAGGAUUUGGCCCACAUCAAGGAAACAAUACAGAAAGGCUACCCGGAGUCUGUGACGGAAUCAGGCAUUGACUGUACGGGUUUCAUUCAUCUAAACAGACUAUAUGCAGAGAAGGGCCGUCAUGAGACAGUCUGGAUUAUACUGCGGGCAUUCCAAUACACCGAUAAUCUCUCACUGCAGGAGAGCUUUUUACACCCCCGCUUCGAGGUGCCACCAUUCGCUUCUGCCGAGCUAUCACCUGAAGGAUACCGUUUCUUUGUGAACCUCUUCCUUCUAUCUGAUAAGGACAAUGAUGGAGGUUUGAACAACGCCGAAUUGACAUCCUUGUUUGCGCCAACACCUGGCCUCCCAGCAUCCUGGGCUGAUGGCUCAUUCCCCUCUUCAACAGUCCGCAAUGAGGCCGGGCAUGUGACUCUUCAGGGAUGGCUAGCUCAAUGGAGUAUGACAACUUUCAUGUCUCCCAAGACUACGUUGGAAUACUUGGCAUAUUUGGGGUUCGAAUCUUCAGAUCGCAACAAUUCUUCAAUCACAGCCGCAUUAAAGUUAACAAGACCACGAAAGCGGCGCCGACGCCCUGGUCGUGUCGGGCGCAAUGUGGUUCAAUGCAAUGUCCUUGGUGCUCCUGGGUCCGGCAAAUCUGCCCUACUGGAUGCUCUGCUUUCGCGCGGAUUCAGCACGACCUAUCACCCUACUAUACAGCCUCGCACUGCCGUUAAUACAGUCGAGCUACCCGGUGGUAAACAAUGUUACCUCAUCAUGGACGAGUUGGGUGAGCUGGAGCCGGCCCUCCUCGAGAACCAGGUGAAGCUGCUCGAUCAGUGUGAUGUGGUCGCGUAUACAUAUGAUUCUUCCGACCCAGACUCCUUUGCGUACAUCCCUGCACUUCGAGCGAAGUACCCGCACCUGGAGGAACUACCUAGUGUGUUCAUCGCCUUGAAAGCUGACCUGGACCGCACCACUCAACGGGCCGAGCACCAACCUCACGAAUACACAGCCAUGUUAAAUAUGCCCAGUCCCCCAUUGCAUGUUAGCGUUACCUGGAACUCCAUUCAGGAAGUUUUUGUACACAUCGCUGAAGCUGCGAUGGAGCCAAGCACCGCAUUUCCUCGUAGCGAAGAGGAUGUUGAAGGCAAAUGGAUGUCGUGGGGUAUUGCGCUCGGGGCGGUGGUCUGUGCCGGAGCCGCGGCCGUAAUGAUUUGGCGUCGAGUCAGUGGCAGUGGCAGUGGAAAUUAA